AUGGUUGUGAGAAACCAGAAACCAAGUCUCUGGACGCCUAUUGUGGAAAUACUCUUCAAUAUAUUGUUACAGGCAAACAUGCUUCUAUAA